CACUGACUCCACGUCAUAUUUUUGUAUCGCCUGGGAUCGCUUAGAACCUCGGGUGAGUAGGAACAGACCGGCAAAGUGUACCUGAUUCUAAUGGAGAUGCUGUCAAAUCGCGGCGAGUCGUUCCGUAUGUAAACGCGGCUUAAUUAUCUUGUCCCUAUGUACAAUGCAGUUCGCUACCUGCUAGUCUAGUGAUUAUGGAAGAGUAUUACACGAUUAUGCUCCCAGUCACUACUACAGCACAGACACUCAUGGCAUAUUAGGUGAAACUGGAUAAUUUCCCACGGCAUACCUGACGAUCUCCCACGGCAUACUAGUUGAAAAACGCUGGAUUAAAGUGACUCGUCAUGCUCCACACUGACACGUGCGAUCCUCCAUCCAUCGGAUUUAAAUGGAGGUUCCGCUCUUUAUUUACCCGUUGCCAUGGUGAAUCCUGGUAUCUUUCUCACGCACGCGCUAACUCAGGGUUAUCAUAGUCAGAGUUGAUUAAACUAACUCUGAUCAGCUGUUCUGGAAUGGGAAACUCAGAGUAUGUUUGUAGACUCAGAGUUUGUUGAACAUGCUUCCUGGAAUAUGAAAACUUUCCCAGAUGUUAAACCUAAAGUAAGGAGCCUAUUUUGAAAGUGUCCGGAGUAGAAAGUAGCGAUCUUUGUGUAAAAAUGUAGGGAGUAAAAAUAAAAAGUUCUCAGAAAAAUUAAUACUCAACUAAAGUACAGAUACCUGCAAAUUUUACUUAGGUAGAGUAACGAAGUAUUUGUAUUUCGUUACUUCCCACUUCCGGCUAAAAGCUGAGGCAAAACAAAUGUUUACUGCCGCAUCUGACAGCCAUAUCAAUCCGCAGCAGUGAGUUCACGUGGGGGAAAAGUGCUCUAUAUUCUCUUAAUGUCCCUCCGCCAACGAUUGCCGAACCGAAGUGGAAAACUGUGAGGCGGGUGCGCGUGGCACGUACGCGUGCGCAUGCACGUCGAAUAUAUUGAAUGUGACCGGCGUCACUUUUUGGUUUUGUUUUUUUUUGUUUUGGGGGAGGAGCGGCGUUACGUCACACAGAGGAGAAUGGAACGGGUGCGACGUCCUUUGAUCUAAGCCUUUAAGUAGAAUCCAGACCUCUCAGAUGCUGCAGAGAUUUUUCGUGGCAGAAAGCACCAAACAUUUGGAAAUUACCCGGAGAAAUGUGCAUUUAACAGUUGUACCAAACUGACUACAUUGCUGGAAAAGGUGGAAUAUUAUGAAAAACAUAUUUUCACACAAACAGAAUAAGAUAUCAGGAGAAAUGGGAGCACUGGAUUUAAUGCAUUUAAAGUUGCCUCAGGUGACCCCAAAAUUCCUUGGAAAAGUCAUCAGCUCCUGUAUGCAAGAUAUUUCAGACGAUGAGUGGAUGUCUUUGGAUGCCAGUGAUACUGGAUCAAAGGCUGUCACUGCGCUGUCCGACAUGUGCUGUGCCGUCAUAGGUGAAAUCAGCUCCUUGGUCCUGCAGGAUGUGGAGCCUCAGGUUCUUGCCUGGGGCCACCAUCACGCAUGUGGCGAUAAUGUAACUGUGCCGGGUGGGUGGAGUUACUGCAGGGUGACAGAGAUGAAUAUUCGAGCCUGCUGUAGAAACAGCCUUUAUGACUGUUUUGGUGAAGCCCUGCACGUAGCACAGGAAAGCUCCCACACCUUAGAUCAGUUAGUGAGGCUGUUUUCAGCAGAGAUUACUAAAAGAGUAAACUCAUCGCUGGCCCAAAUCACAGGCUCAGCUCCGUCCUCUGACGUUUAUUACUGGCCGACAUCAGAAUGCAUUUUUCAGAUGGUCUCUAACAUGGGAAACAUUUUUAAAUCCAUGUUGGAAGGCCGCAGAAGAGUCAAAGGUGAGCCAUGUGACGAGCUGCCGUGCCUGGGCUGUGACUGCAAGCAGUGUUGCUGUUUUGACUUUGAGGGUUUUGAGAAAAGGUUAGCAGAGCUUUUAGCCUGCAUGGAUAAUCUGAAUCGAGAGCCAGCUCCACAGAUGAAGGACGAGUCAUGUGACAAGCAGCCAUGCUCCUACUGUAAAUCCAAGGAGUGCUGGUGUUUUGACUUUGAGGAUCUUGAAAAAAGGUUAGCAGCGAGUUCAGUCUGCAUGGAUAAUUUGAAUCCCGAGCCAGCUCCACAGGUUUCUGAUCGCUCAGAAUCACAUGACACCCUGGGUUCAGACAUGAUGGAUAGUUCUUCAUCACGUUCACGGUCUCCUGAUUUCCAAAUCAACCAGACCUUCCUUACUGUGCUUCUUGGGAAGCUGGUUGACCACAUUGCUGUGAAAACCAAAACAUCCAUACUAAACAUGGAUCUUGAGCAAUUAGUGUAUGGUGUAACAGUGAGGACCGAGGGCGUGCUGAAUCUUGCUCCCCCAAAAAAUGUUGCCAAACUGCACAUCAGAAUGUACAAAGAGCUGUGCCUGAAAUUUCGAUCCAAAUACGUGCUGCAGGCCGUCAUGGAAUCAGGUGAUGACACGUUUGAGUUUGCUGUUUCUGAGACUUUAAAAUCACAGCUCAUGAAACAGAAGACCAAGAAAAGAUGGAGGCCUUUCAAGUCCAGGAACCUUCCUCCAGUGCCUGAGGUUCAAACACCAGAAUCCCAGAGUGAAGAACGGGGCGAACAAACAUCGUUCUCACCUCCAAAACGAUCACUGGGCAGAACCGUGCGGAAGAAGCUUUCACGCUGGGGUUCUAACGUUGUGGAUUUCUUUAAUAGCAGAAAUUCACAGACUUGACUUUACAGUCACAUCACCAGUUUGGACAAACCCUCUUCUUUAACAAUGAUCACAGGCUAAUUUGUCAAGAUAUAAAAAAAUACAAUGUAGGCUUUGUUAAAAUACUUUUGAGAAAUUUAAUUUGACAGAGCAGAACUCAGCCGUACAUUGUAUUUUUUUUAUAUCUUGAAAAAUGAGCCUGAAAAGACAUUUUUGAAAAGACAGCUGUCUUUUCAAAAAUGUUGGGAUAUUUGCAGCUAUUUUAAAACAGUGCACAUAGAUAAUAAUGAUUAUAGUGCAUUUUUUUGAGUGAGCGUACCAACUUUUCUCACCCCCCAACCGGUCGCGGCAGAUGACUGCCCCUCCCUGAGCCCGGUUCUGCCGGAGGUUUCUUCCUGUUUAAGGGAGUUUUUCCUUCCCACUGUCGCUGAGUGCUUGCUCACAGGGGGUCGUUUUGAUUGUUGGGGUUUUUCUCUUGUAUUGUUGGGUCCUUUGCCUGACAAUAUAAAGGUUUGAUUUGAUGCUAUAUAUACACAGUACCAGUGACUGUUACUGUGUAUAUAUAGCAUCAAAUUGGACUAUAAGCACUGUUGUGUUUCUGUGGGGCUCACUGGAGGAAGGCUGGAGGGUAUUUGUCUUCCUCAGCCUCUCUGGUGUGCAGUUUGCACGUUCUCCCCACGUUCCUGUGUUUCUUCAUGAAACUCAAAAAAUGUCAAAAAC